UGGCGCAACAGAAUGGUAAGAAAGGGGGUGUCUCUGGUAACCUUUCAAGAGGGGACUGUCAGUUCCACAGCCAACGUUCUCAUGGUGCGGCACGUGAAACCAAUCCAAGCGAGCAAGCAGUUUUUUUCAUAGAGAAAAAUACAUUUCCCUGUAUCCUUAGGCGACGUCGGACUUGGUUUCAUCCUCCGCUUAAACUCUUUAAGGGCGACGACGUGCAGUGCUGUUUGGAUACAAUAGCCCGACUGAUUUCUCGCCCUUGUGUGUGUGUCUCUGUGUGUGUGUGUGUGUGUGUGUUGAGAGAGUGAUUUCUCCUCUCUUGGUGAAAAGAAAAAACAACCCCAAGGAUGAAGAAGAAACUGGAAGCUGUUCCUCCUGUUACGAGGGCAAACAUAUAAAAGGAGCCCCGACGAGCGAAUUGAUCGACCGACAUCACUCACACGGUCUGGGUUUGGGUGUUGAAGGGGGGGGAAGGCAAACCCAAGUGCGAAUAAAAGAAGAAGGAAAAAAAAAAAGAAUUUUGAGGAAAAUAUAUUUUUACACCAAAGUCGAUAUAGAGAAGAAAGUCGGAGGCUGAAAAUGUCUUCUUGGUCCGUCUUGGCACUGCUCAUUCUCCAGCACGUCACCUACAAAUGUGACGCCUUGGUUAUCACGCAAAUGGUCGUUCCCGGUCACGUUCAACGAGGAUCGGAUUUUGUGCUGCGGUGCCUGUACGACCUAGACGGUGACUCCUUGUACUCGGUCAAGUGGUACAAGGGCUCUCACGAAUUCUUUGGCUACGUCCCCAAAGAGACGCCGCAAUUCCGAGUCUUCCCAUGGUCGAAUUUCACCAUUCACUACGAUGAGCUAGAAAUUGGUAAAGUUCACCUGAAAGCCGUCACCCGCGAAGCCGAGGGCAGGUACAAGUGCGAAGUAUCGACCGAGGCCCCGCACUUCAACACCGACUACCGGGAAGAAAACCUCACCGUUUACGACAUUUACAGUGACGGCCCUUCCAUGGUAGGUAACCCUACCAACGAUUUGAAACCGGGCAACCAGCUCCGAUUCACCUGCUCCUUUCGUAAAUCCAGACCCAAACCGAUUCUCUCCUGGUUCGUAGACAGUCAAGAGACGAUAAACAAAGUGGAGUCUCGCUACGUAAUGGAAUCUGCGCUGCUGGCCUCGGAGGACAAGAGUAGCGGAAGCGGGAUGGAAUUGUGGUCGGCCGAAUCGGAAUUGAGCUACUGGCCGACGGCCAGGCAACUGGAAAGAAAGUUUCUCAACGUGGCCUGCCGGGCCGUCGUCCUCAACGAAAGCAUUUACCAGCGAGUGGCGUCGACCAACGUGACGACAGCGUCGGCGCUGACCGUUCAGCUCCAGCAGCAGGUGCAGCAACGAUCCCGUUCUUCCAUUCCAUCCGACCGGAGCAGCAGCAGUUCUUCUUCCGGACAAGUUUCAGCUUCCAUGGCCUCCUCCCAUCACAGCCGCGAUUCCUACUCUCUAUCAGCGGCCAGCAAAGGACAAGGAGGAUCGAGCAACGCCCGACCGAUUGUCGUCCUUCUGGAAUUAUGGCUCUUUGUCGUCGGUCUGAGUGCCGCCCUUCUCAGUUGACGUGACGUUGUCAUCGACGCCUGGCAUCUUCGCCCGUAAUCAAUUUUCAAUUCUCCCCCCCAUCUCCUCCGUUUUUGUUUCUAUUCGAAUUUUUUUUCUUUUCUUAUACGAUCGGCCAACCUUUGCCCGUCGUCAAUAAUAAAAAAAAAAAAAAAAAAAAUUAUUAUAUUUGACUUGGAAUCGAGCCAGCGGGAAUGUAUCGAUAUUUCUUCUUCUUCUCCCUGGAAGAAAAAAAAAAAAGAAAUGUACUUAAUCCGGUUUUUUUGGGGGGGUUUCCUAUUCUUUCUUGUUUAACAUGAUUCCAGAAAAAAAAGGGAAAUGUUUUUCCAUACAUAUUUAUAAAUAUCAUAUUUUGCCAUUAACCCACUGCGGUAUCACUGCGCCGAUCUCAACAGCCCCCCCAAAAAAAAAAGAAAAAUAAGAAAAUACGUAUAUUCGAGCUCUAUCAUUUCCUUGUUGUAUAAUCAAUGAAAACGUGAC